UCAACAAGUUACCCACUCACUCAGAUAGAAAGAUUCCUCAUUUCUUCUUACUUAACUUCAAAAGUUCACUCCAAAACCCUUGAAUUCCAAAAACACAACGCAACACAUCAUCAUCAUGGGUGGUGGUUCUAUUACACAUGAAGAUUCUUGUUUGGAUCAAGAUUUUCCCUUUCUUUCCUCCCCACUCGCUCCCAGGGAUACCUUGAGCUUGCAGAAUAAAGACAAUAGAGUGAAUGAGAAAAAUGGAUUAGAUUUUGGAGAAGUUAGUGAAGAAAGUACAGAGACUUCUUCUACUGCUGAUUUUGUUAUCUGUGAAAGGAAGAGACUUAGUAUCUACCAAGAAAUCCUGCAAAGUUACGAUGAAUUGAAGAUUGAUAGUAAGAGUUUGAAAGAGGCGAAAGAAAAAAUCUUGAGGUACAGACCUGGAACAUGGACUGAGAAGGUCAGGGGCUUAAAUUUAUGUGAUUAUGAUGUACCAGAGACAACGUGCCUUAUAUUGGUUGGUCCAAGUGGAUCGGGGAAAAGUAGUCUCAUAAAUAGAAUCUCUAAGGUGUUCGAUGAUGACAAAUUCGCACCUGAAAGAGCACAAAUAUCAUAUAAUUCACUUAUAGGGGAUGGAACUUACUUCCUCCGCGAAUUUAUGAUUCCAAGAGAGUCAAAUUCUAUCUGUCUGUAUGAUACACGUAGUUUGUCGGAUAAUUCACAUGAGAAUAAUAAAAUGCUGAAAAAUUGGAUGACAAAAGGUCUUCGUCAUGGAGAGAUUGUUGUCAGUAGUCGAGAUACUCAAAGACUGAGUAAGAGUUUGAAGUGUAAAGGUGGUAAGAAAGGAUUCUUUUCCGGUAAGAGCAGAAAAGUUAAUUUUGUUAUAUGUGUCCUUAAUGGUCUUUCGGUUCUGAAUGUGAUGGGGAAUGCUCGCGGUGAUUUUGAGGCACAGUAUAUUGAAGCAAUUGUUUCUACUUUCAAUUGCCCAUACCUGUCAUUUAAAGAUGACAAACCUGUACUUGUUUUAACUCAUGGCGAUCUCCUAUCACUCUCUGACCGUGGUCGUGUUCGAGCAUAUUUGGGGGAGUUAUUGGGAAUUCCACCAACAAAGCAAAUUUUUGACAUCCCAGACUGUGAUGACCUAGUGACUGAAUCUGCGAUAAUUGGAAUGUUAAGAUAUACUCUUGAGCAUGCUGACAGAAAUUUUCCUCAGAAAAGCAAUGUUAUGAAUAAGGUUCAUAAAAUAUCUCUAUCACUAUUCAUGAUUUUGCUUAUACUAGGAAUAGGAUUUGGCAUUGGCUUGGAACAAAAAAAGUUCAUGCACCAGUACCAUGCCCCUCAAGCUCAAGCACCUCAACCGCAAACUUGUAGUAGAAUAGUUCAAGACAUGCCUCCAAAUGUGGAUGUUCCUAAAAAGGACCCCAAGAUAGAGCGUCGAAAUCUGAAAGUUCCUAAAAAGGAUCACAAGAUAGAGCGUCCAAAACUGAAAGUACCUGAAAAGGAAGCCAACAUAGAGUGGCAUAAAAUUCGGCACAUAUGGUAGCUAUGAAUAUUGCUGAUAUGACUUGUAAAUACUCUGUUAUGGAGCUAAGUGAAAGGAGUUGAAAUUAGGAGUGCCUGGUUAACAUUGAAUUGACAACACUAAGCAUGUGGUAUCUAUCAUUUUUGUUCCUCGCAAUGGUAAUUCUGUACAUGGUUGAAAUCCAAAGUAGAAAGUCUUUGUAAAAAAAUGCUAGCAGUGCACUAUUUACCAAUUAACUUUUCAUUAUUAGGUAAGUUCUAGAGGAAUUUUACUUAAUGACACUUUUUAGGGGUGCCCAUACUUCAGAGGUUUUUACUAUUUCAUGUAUAGUUUUUUAAAUUAAUAAUAAGGGAAAAAAUUGUUUUAUUUUUGUAAUUAAGAUACCCGUAAAUGUAGCUCGGUUGAUAGCUAUCAGAAACAUUAUUGUAGGGAUAGGGAUCGAAGUUCGUACUCCGGAUCCCCCACUUUUCCA